AUGAAUGAAACUAACAAUGCUAGCAUACCGGCUAAUGAGCUUGUCAUUGCCCAUACUCCUGGUAGUCACCUAACUCUCAGGAUGAAGUCUGUCUUUGCCUUAGCCAUCCUUGCCGCAACCUUGGCUGCUGCCAAACCAGCCAAUGACUGGAGCAAGCCUUGCUUUGACGGAGAGUGUGCCUAUGAUCUCCCUGGCACCAAGGAGACCGGUUCCGCCACCUUGAAGCUCUCCGGCGCCGCGAAGGCAAUUACAGACAUCACCCCCGCAGCUGGGUGGAUUGUCCUCGACUGUGACCCUCAUGCACUCUCGCAGGAAAUCCGCCUCGUUUGCAAGGGCGAUGACGAAGCUAGCUGUGGGCACCUGUUCGAACACGGUCCCGAGCACAAAGUCGUCCGUCUCCCCGAGAGCUGCGGUGCUGGUCCUUUCGGUAGGAUCGUUUCCGCUGCUGUCGCUGAAGACCAGAAUGUCCCCGGACACGUCCAGUUGGUCCGUCGGGAUGGAGUUGAACCUCAAGUGCACAUCCUUCAAGUUGACGAUAGAUGGGAUUUGGCCGACGUCUCCAAGACUGGGGACAUUAAUUUCACUUUCCUCGGUUCUUCAAUCACUGGCCCCGUUGGCAAGAUGAACCACGAGGAAUUCAACGCGCGUGAUGUCCACUUGUCUGUUCGUAGUCCUGAUGGAUGGAGUGCUUUCUUCACCAAGGCCAUCGCCGCCUUGAAGUCGGCAGCCACGGAAAUCAAAGACGGUAUUGCUGACAAGACCAAAGUCGAGAUCGAGUUGGAGCAGAUCAAGCUAGUGUACGAAUCAAAGGGCGAGAAGAAGCACGACAUUCUCCCCAAGAAAGAAAUUGACUGCGGGUGGGGCAAGGCCUCUGUUGCGGCAGACAUCACCGCUUCAUACCAGAUCCACGCCCAUGUUGGUGCUGCCAUCACCGGCUCUCUCAUUCCACCGAAGGUGAACGAGAUUGCGACUCUCGCCGGUUUCAGUGGAGACACCAAGGUCCAUCUUCAUAUCAAAGCUGAAGCUGAGGCCCAGAAGACGGUCACCUGGCCUAUCUUACCUCCAGUCAACCCAACUCCUCUUCAAAUUCCAGGAGUCAUCAGCUUUGGCCCACAUGUCCAGGUUGAUGCGUCAGCUGAUGUCGCCAUCAAGCUCUCCGGAGACAUUGACAUCGGCGCCGACUUCGCUAUCAAAGAUGUUGAGUACUGGUACCCUGAGAAGGUUGAGAAGCCAGUCCAUGUAGUCGAGGAGAAGGCCAGCCCGCUCAAGCUCAACGCCGAUGCUAACGCUAAGGGAUCCAUUACUGCCUCUAUUCACAUCACCCCCAAGCUUUCGCUCGGUAUCGAAGGCCUGUCCGGAAAUGCAAAGGCAAAUGCCUUUGUUUCCGUCGAUGGCUACGUCACUGGCGAAAUCAAGGGUGAAGGACAUGCGUCUGCUACGAAGAGGUCUCACUCCCGCGAUUUGGCCCUGCGCGACGGUGACAGUGCCGGUGCCGGUUACUCUGGUUCGUUUGAUAUCAAGGCCGGAGUCAAGAUAAAGGGUGGUUUCGACGGGAAAAUCCUUAGUCUCGUAGAGAAGACUCACUCUAUUGACAUCUGGUCCCACGAGUGGCCCCUCUACAAGAAAUCUUGGUCUGGAGGCAAGGCGAAACGCGAAUUCUCCGAAAUUCCAUCUUCUGCCUUAGUCUCUCGUACUAUCGAUGGUGACCACGGGUGCCCCGCGGCCAAACCUGCUCUGUCUGACACAAAGGCCUAG